AUGAAGAUGAUGAUGCGGGAUGGGAGCCUGGAGUUAUCCCCGGAGAGGCCAGUAGGGGGUGGUGAUGGUGAUGACAGUUCUGAUAGUUCUGACGGAGGUGGUGAUGGUGGUGCAAUGGUUCCUCUAGUUGUUAGCGAGGCCAGGGUUACCCAAGCUUCGGCACGCUCUUCAGCAUGGGGUUGUGGAUGGAGAGGUGGUACCACUACAGGCCAAGGUGCCAUUGUUGUAGGUCGAGAUGUUGGGCUUCUAGUUCCCAGUAUUAAAAAGUCAUUAACAUUCUAUGCAGCACUGGAUUUGAUUAAAAAUGUUGGAGUACAAGCAAUUAUUGGACCUCAAACAUCUGAAGAAGCAGAGUUUUUGGCUAAGAUGGGGAGCAAGGCUCAUGUACCCAUCAUAUCUUUCUCUGCUAUUAGCUCUUCUCUUUCUCCCACCCAAUUCCCUUAUUUCAUCCGAUUCGCUCAAAAUGAUUCAUCUCAAAUUAAAGCCAUUGCUGCAGUUCUCAAAGCUUAUGAAUACAAAGAAGUAACUCUUAUCCAUGAUAAUACCCAUAGUGGAACUGCAGCAAUACCAUACCUUAUUGAUGGCCUUCAAGAAAUUGGCACUCAUGUUCUUCGACGAAUUGUGCUGCACCAUGCUAUGAAAGGGUCAGAGAUUGAGGAUAUUUUGCGCGAAUUAGGAGGUAAAAGCACAAGAGGAGUCUUCAUUGUUCAUCUAUCUUUGUCCCUUGGUAGCCAAUUUUUCUUACAUGUCAAGGAGAUGGGGAUGAUGAAAUCAUCUGGAUUUUCGGAUAAAUGGAUUAUAAUGAGUGGACUCACAGAUCUCAUGAGAUACAUGGAGCCUUCUCUGCUCAGUUCCAUGAAUGAUGUUAUAGGUAUUAAGACUCGUGUGCCAUUAUCCGGACCACAUCGAAGGUUUAUGGCUCAAUGGAGGAAACAAUUUGGAAAAGAUCACUCAAAGGAGAGAUUGCAGCUCAAUGUGUAUGGAUUAUGGGCAUAUGAUGCAACAUUUGUGACUGCAAAAGCAGUUAAUAGAGCUAGUUUGUGUUUAAAUGGAAAGCCACCAUGUUCACCAUUACUCUCAGAAAGCAAAGUAUCAGAUAAUUCAUCAUCAACAGAUUUGUUUAAGAUGAGUAUCUCUCAGAUGGGUUCAGAAAUUUUGAAACAUAUCAAAACAACUAGAUAUGCAAAUGGCGUAAGUGGUGAAAUUCAUUUGGUGAAUGGUGAGUUACAAUCUUCCAGUUUUGAGAUAGUUAAUGUGAAAGAGAAGAGUCAGAAUAUUGGGUAUUGGAAUCCAAAGGAUGGUCUCUUUUGGAGUCUGAGUUCAAUUGACACAGUUGGAAAGAACUUUCAUGUUGUUCAACAGGCCAGAUCAGUACUAGAUACUACUUCCAGUGACAAUGUAUUGAAAAUUGGGGUUCCUAUUAAGACAACAUUUCCUGAAUUCAUCAACAUCAGUCGCAGUUCUAAUGAUAAGAAGCCAAUUGUGACUGGUUUUUCAUAUGAGGUCUUUGAAAAUGUUAUGAAAAGCUUAAACUAUACAGGCUCUUAUGAAUUUUUUCCAUAUGAGAAUGAGAAUGGUGAUCCUAAAGGAGACUACAAUGAACUUAUACAACAAGUAUAUCACAAGGAAUAUGAUGCAGUUAUUGGAGAUAUUACAAUCUUAGCAAAUAGAUCAAAAUAUGUAGGCCUCACUCAACCAUAUACGGUCUCUGGGGUUCGCAUGGUUGUGCCUAUAAAGGAAGAUGAUGAUACUGGGAGUUUAUGGUGGUUCAUGAAGCCAUUAACAACAGAACUAUGGUUGACCACAAUUUCAAUCAUUGUUUUAAAGGGGUUUCUGGUUUGGAUCUUUGAGCAUGGGAAAAACCCUGAAUUCCAAGGCACAACUUCAGAGUUGGUGGGGAAGAUCUUGUCAUAUUCUUUUUCUAUAUAUGUUUUUUCAAAUCAGGAGAAGCUCCAGAGCAACUAUUCUAGAUUCAUUGUGAGCCUGUGGACUUUUGCUGUGUUCAUACUUGUGAGCAGUUAUACAGCAAAUUUAACUUCUAUUUUAACUGUUGAGAAAUUACAACCAACUGUAACAAAUUUGGACACUCUUUAUAAAGAUAGAAAGUAUGUUGGAUAUCAAGAUGGGUCUUUUGUGUUUGAUCUUCUAAAGAGCAGGGGAUUUGAAGAAUCAAGGCUCAGGAGGCUUUUUACACAGGAGGAAUAUGCAAAUGCUCUAGCAAAUGGAAGUGUUUCUGCAAUUGUCGAUGAGAUCCCAUACAUUAAUAUCUUCCUUUCUAAGUAUUGUCGUCAAUUCACUAUUGCUGGACCAACAUACAGAACAGGAGGCUUUGGCUUUGUGUUCACAAAAGAUUUUCCCAUGCUAGAGAACAUUUCCAAUGCUGUCCUUAACUUUAGUGAAGGAGACCAUAUGAAUACGAUUGAGAAGAAAUGGUUUGGGAAUGAAGCAUGUGCUGAGCCUCUUGCAUCUAAUGUAACAUCAAGUAGACUACAUCUUCAUAGCUUUCGCAGCAUCUACAUUAUUGUUGGAGUAACUUCAAUCCUAGCCCUCAUCUUAUUCUUUUUAUCCUUUGUAUAUAAAAGUAUAAUAGAAAUGAGGAAAACAUCCGGGCAACAAGUUUUAUGGUGGGUAAAUAUCAUGAGAUGCUACUACUUUCAUAAAAAGGAACCACCAAAACAAAGUGGACAACCUACAAGUGGUGAACUGGAGCACCAAAUUUCUGAAGGCCCUACAAGUUCUUAUGUGAUUGAACUCACUUCAAACAACAAUGAAGGUACAAACACAGACAGGAUAAAAUGGUUGAUUAAAUGA